CCGGGUUCCCACUACGCCGGACCGGCAGAUCUGCCGCGCCGGUAAAUCUGCCGGAAGAGCUAGUGGCUGUACAAUUUAUAUGAAGCUAUUCACAUUAUCCCGGGUCCGGCAUUUUUGCCGAGCCCGGCAUUUCUACCGAACGUUUUGUCACUACGAAUUGCCGGUAGAACGACCGGGCCCGGAGUAAUGUGAACGAGUUUGUGCCGGUAUCUGUCCCCCGCUCGCCCUGCUCGUGCUCCCCUCGCCCCGCCCGUGUUCCACUCACGUCAUUCGGCUCGCAUGUUCUGGUAAAAGUAGACGUUUAGCAUGGAUAUUCAAGCAGAAACUUUAAUUACGCUUGUCCAAGAGAGACCUGUUCUGUGGGAUAAGACCGAAGACGUUUAUAAAGACAAAAACUUAAAGUUAGCAGCAUGGCGUGAAGUAUGUUUAAUACUGAAACCAAACUUCGAUGAACUGGAUGAAAAAGAAAGAAAACAGUACGGAAAACAGGUUUCAACUAAAUGGAAUAAUAUACGAGAUUCGUGGCUUAAGACAGUAAAGAAACAAAAAGAUGAGUCUAAAUCUGGAUCUUCGACCAAAAAGACACGAAAUUAUUUAUAUCACGAGCAAUUAAUGUUUUUGAAAAAAGUCUCCGAACCUCGACCACCACAUGAGUCAGUUUCAAAAAAAGCAAGAACCGAGACUGAAGUAGGCAUGGAAUCAGAUUUUCGUUCACCUUUAAUUAAAGAUAAAAAAAAAAUUGAUAAUAAAGAGGUAAAUGACAGGAUGGUAAAGUUUUUGGACUCCAGAAUAAACCCAGAAAAGGAAAACCAUCAUCUAUCUUUCUUCAAAGGCAUUAUACCAAUCUUGAACACUUUAACUAUCGAAGAGACUUUAGAAUUUCAAGCUAGCGUCAUGACAAUGUUGCAAAAAAUUAAAAGUAGGAAUUAUGAGAGACCAAAUUACGGACAUUGGCGUGAUUCAUAUAAUCAGAUAACCGGACCAGCCCUGCGAUUCUAUCAGUAUUCUGGAUACUACACACAUAAUAGCGUCAAUCAACAGCCAAUACCUACGCAAGAUCAACACUACCCUGGAUACUCUACGCAAUAUAAUAGUAGCAAUCAACAGGCAACAACAUCUAUACCAUCAACUUCAUCUCAGACAUCGAAUCCGAUUCCAGCUUCGCCAUCAGCAUCUAGUAAUCGUUCCAUACAUUCCCAAGACUCAGAUUACUUAGAUUUUGAAGGGAUUUAAGUUUGAGUACAAAUAAAUACUUAAAUAAU